CGCUAUUUGGACCGCGCAUCAUCCAGAGAGAGGAGUCCGACUUACCGGGAAGGGAAAAAAAGUUCUGCUGCCUCAAUUUGGAGUGGACCUGUCCAGGCACUGCUUUACGCACGCAUGUGGCACGUUGGGAUAAGCUGCAACUAGGGAUAUAGUUUAUUUAAAAUAAAUAAAUUAUUUUCUUUAAUGGAAUAAAACCAAUUCAAACAUGACUCUAAAUUUUAAGCAUAUCCUGUGGUUAUAUUAUCUCUGUAAUGCUGCAUUUGCUGCAGCAUCCAGCACUUUAACAAGUAUCCAACCAGUCUCUGGGUCCCUCUCAGGAAAAAUAAGUCUUCCUUGCUCCUUCUCCUCUAUCCCAACAUCUGCCCCAUUCGUCGGUACAAAUGUUACCAAUUAUAGCAAAGAUUACUUACGGAUUAAAUGGACCAAAAUAAUCGGACAGGAUAAGUCUACAGUGCUGGUGUUCUUAAAUGGGACCAUCAAGAUAAACCCACUCUACAGGAGUCGUGUGUCUGUGCCCAGCCACCCGGAGGAUAUCGGCGACGCCUCCUUAACGAUUGCCAAGUUGCGGGCUAGUGAUGCCGGCAAUUACAGCUGUGAGGUCAUAUAUGGCAUUGAAGACAUCCAUGACACCGUUAACCUUGAUGUCAGUGGUGUUGUUUUCCACUAUCGGGCAAGGAGUCGGUACGCCUUGAAUUACAUGAAAGCUGUCCAAACUUGCAAAGAUAUUGGAGCAACCAUAGCUACCUAUGCUCAGCUGAAAGCAGCUUAUGCAGAUGGAUUUGACCAGUGCGAUGCUGGAUGGCUCUCUGACCAGACAGUAAGAUACCCGAUUGCAAGACCAAGAGAAGGCUGCCGUGGAAACCUUGAUAUGAAACCUGGUGUUAGGACUUAUGGAAUAAGAAACCCUUCGGAGAGCUAUGAUGUAUAUUGUUACGUCGACAAACUUGAUGGUCAAGUAUUUUAUCCCCCUGCGAUCAGUGACCUAACAUAUUCAGAGGCCAUUGAAGAGUGCAAAAAACACAAGGCUGUCCUGGCAUCCCCUGGCCAGCUCCAUGCUGCUUGGAGAAAGGGUCUGGAUAAAUGUGCCUAUGGCUGGCUCUCUGACGGGAGCGUACGGCACCCUGUUGUAGAGCCCAAAAGUGUAUGUGGUGGCGGCCUGAUGGGUGUCAGAACAAAAUAUCGCUUCAGAAACCAGACGGGCUUUCCAGACCCCACAACGAAGUUUGGAGCUUACUGUUAUAAAGGAGGAAGAGACUUUUUCAACGAGACAGUCCUCGUGGAUAUGUCAAUACACGAAGUCACAACGGCCACCACCAGGUCCACCACUGUUACCACCAUAUCCUCUGGCACAGCAACAGAGGCUGAUGAGUCUCCAGAUUCUAAUAUUUUCACAGAUACUACGUCAAUGUUCUCUGCAAGUAUGGUUCCUACCCAGCCUGCUUCUCCAGACGAAGAUGUUCAGUUAAUCACAACAGUUGCACCAACAAUCGGAGAGGAUCCCGAUGAGAUUGAUGAUAUGACAGAGCUAAGCACGUAUGACAGAGGGCUACUAACCAAUGAAACUGUACUUACUAUAGCCACCACUGAUUCUACUGAAUCCAUUGACGAUCCAAGUGCUCACUCUGUGAUUGAGAUCAGCACAAUCCGACCUGAUGUACUUCUGCCAGACGACUCUUUAAGUACAGAAGCCAGGUUUGCAGAAGGGAGAACAGAGAAAACUGUUGUUACCCACAGGGUUAUUGCAGAUAUAUCAUCUGAUAUCCUGGACAACCCCACAGAAUCAACAGAACUGCCCAGUAAGGAGUUUUUUAGUUUCCCUGAUGGAACAGCAUCAGUUGAUGAGUCUGGUUUUCAAUCAACAACUCCAGUCCUAGACUACGAUGGGAUUAUGACUGAUCCUCUUCUUGAGGCUGGUCCCCCUCUCCUUCCAUUUCAAAAGUUUUCCAUACCCAUUCCAAACCCCAUCAUUGUUGCUCCUACUUCAAAUCCCAUGGAAACAACAACCCCUACUACAGAUGACACUGGCUUUAAUUGUAACACUGUGCCAGAAAAAGACAUAAUCACCACAGAAACAACGGAGACCUUUAACAUUCAAACACAAACUACUCCAAAAGCACAGGAAGGAGACCCUCUUGCUAUAUCUGGUACUACUGUGUCUGUCGGUGUUCAAACAUCAGCUGAAGAUGUGACAUGGUCAACAACCAAACGCAUCCUCAGUGAGUCAAGCACUCGGAAAACAGAAUAUUUUGGAGAAAGUCUGCCAGAGGAUGGUACAAAAGCAAACAUUGGGACAGAGAUGUCUUACUCAUCUCCUACAGCAUCUGGUGUAACCAGCAUAGUCUCAUCCACCCCUACAGUGGUUACUGAAGCGAAGUUCGAGACAGAAAGCAUAGAGAUUCAGAACACGUCAGCACAAGUAGUGCGGCCAAAGGAUUCGCUGUCUCCAUUGGCUGACAGUCCCAUGACAUCAAUGGCUGAUGAUGAAGCAGUCUCUUUAAGAGGAAGUCAAGACCCAUUUCCACAUGCUGCUGUGUCCAUCACUCAAACUAGUUUUUCAAAGCAGGAAGAAAAGUACACCAAAGGUACACAGAUUUUCAUCAAUGAGACAGCUCAAUGGAGCAGUGAUGAAUCAACUACAUUGUUUGAGUUUAACUUGACUGAAAAGCUAAAUGUUAGCUCCAUUAAAUCUGUAGAAAAAAGCACAACAACAAAACCAUCAACAGAAUAUACUGAUUUGUUUGACUAUAACCAUACUCUAGUCACCAUUGCUGAGUCAAUGGUACCUCUCAGGGAGGAUGAACCUAAUAAAGCCCUUGAAGCCUUGAAGCUUGAUGAAAUCUCUGCAGGGCUAGAGGAAAUUUCAGCAUCUCCGCUAACAAACCCAGCGACUACAAGUGAAACCCCAAUUGGAACCUCUAGAAUACACAUUGCAUCUCCUACAGGGUCCUCACUGUUCAGCACAGAGAAAACAACAAAUCUACCAGUGGUGGAUGAAGAAAGUAUUCAAACAGGUCAAACAAGUAAACCUUCAGUUUCUACUGCCAAAGCUGGAACAGAAAGUUCUCCUGUCAGUUCUUCAUUAGAGGAAAGCUCUUCUCGAGACUCAUCCACAGACAUCUUCCAAUCAUUCUCUGCUGUUACAGGAACUGCUUCAUCUGCUGACAUUAAUGAGAUAACAUUUUCUGAGACAAUGCACAAUAGUGCGCCAAAGGAUUCGCUGUCUCCAUUCACAGUCAUGAAUAAUGGCUGA